AUGUUUCAUUGUGGGUUAUGCAAAAUCUCAUUGUGGGGUCUAAGGAGAUUCAGAUAUCGGUUUUGUAGGCACAUAACAGAAGCAGAAGCAGCAGCCAUGGCAAGUCUGAUAAUGGCAACACCAUUCCCAACUUCCAUCACUAAAUGCAAGAAAGCAAACAGCCUCUCUGUUCAGAGAGCCUUCAAGGUAACAUGUAUGCAGACAGAGAAACCAUUAGAGGAGCUAUACAAUGUGAAAGUGGAACGGAAAGUGUCACAGAGACGGUUAGAUGAGCUCGGGGUUUCGAGAUGGUCGGUUUGGAAGACCGGGAAAUGCAAACUGCCAUGGGAUUGGCAGGUGGACCAGCUGGUUUACAUUGAAGAAGGCGAGGUUCGAGUUGUUCCCGAAGGAAGCAAGAAGUAUAUGCAGUUCUUAGCCGGAGAUCUUGUUCGGUAUCCUAAAUGGUUAGAGGCUGAUCUCUUCUUCAACGCUCCUUACCGUGAACGGUACUGCUUCAAGGCCUAUGGUGAUGAUUGA